AUGGCGAUUACUAUCUACUUCAUCGCCACAAGCCUCCGUGACCGCCUUGCCUCGGUUCGUGACGCGCUUCUCCUAAAGCACCCUAGUGAGCUCACUAUCGAGGUCCUAGAGUCUGCGCUCAAGGACGUCGAGAGCAACCUGCGCUUAGUAGCCUCCGCCUCUGGUGCUGUGCCCCCUCUACUGUUUCACGGGUGCACUGUCCCUCAGCUGCCUAGUUUUACUCCCUCCCUAGCCAAUGCCACCACUGACGUGACCGCUGCUGCUGUUACGGCUUCGUCGCGUUCUCGGGGUAGGGGUGGCAAGAGGGGCGGCCAGGGUACAGGUGGCAGCGGCGGUGGAGGCGUUGGCGGCGGAGGUGGCGGGCGUGGCGUGCCGACUGGUGGCGGAGGGAGCGCAGGGCCUGGAGAGGCGUCUCGUGCAGCGGUUAGUGACUCCCCUACUGCAGCUGGUGGAGGCGACACCCGGGCUCGUCAGCCACCUUCUGGUCUGCCGGCUGCGGCGGGCGGAGCAGUGGCGUGGUUGCUGCGCCCCCUCACGCAGCUAUGUCUGGGUAGGCUGCGCGCCACCCCUCAGUCCUCCUCCCUUCGUCCGGCCACCAAGCCUUUUGAGACGCUCCACUUGGACAUCUGGGGCCUCGCCUCUUGCCUUGGCCCUGAGUGUGAGCGUUUCUUUUUGGUGGUCGUUGACGACUACUCCCGCUACACCACAGUGUUUCCCCUUGCAAAGAAGUCUGAGGUGACUUCUACGCUGAUUAGGUGGUUGCUUACCACUGAGGGCACUCGUGGUCGUCGACUCAGCUGUCUUCACUCCGGUCGUGGGGGUGAGUUUCACUCCGGGAUUCUCACUGGAUUGUGUCGCGAGCAGGGCAUUCGUCAGUCUUGGACGCUUCCACAGUCCCCACAGCAGAAUGGGGUUGCUGAGCGCCGCAUAGGCUUGGUCAUGGAGAUCGCCCAUGCCCCCCAUUUUCUGUGGCCCUACGCGGUUAGGUACGUCGCUCACCAGCUGAACCUCUGA